AUGUCAAUGGAGCUGCUGCUGUCGGAGGCGAAAACCGCCACACUGUGGCUGGACCCGGCUCUGGCCGCCGGCGACCACCCCGUCUCCGUUCGCUUCACCUGCGAGGACAGCGACAGCGGCCACGACUUUGACCCGAACUCCACCGAAUCGGGCUGCUCCAUUCUGCAGCUGGAGCGGAACCGGUACGACUUUACGCUGGGCCCGGCCAAUGGCAGCAAGGUGGAGAUAACGGUGAUUGCCAGCGGAAGCGAGCCCGGGAAGCAGCAGCUGGUGGGGCAUGUCCUCGGUCAGCGAGCUUUGAAGGACGGGAAGAACAUCACCGUCGACGCCACCAAGGCCUACAUCAGCGUGAACGUCGGCCGCAGCUCCGCCAUCCUCAUCGUCAGCGCCAUCGUCGGCUGGAUCUACUUCGCCGCCUGGUCCAUCUCCUUCUACCCGCAGAUCUGGGAAAAUUUCAAGCGCCGCUCCGUGGUGGGCCUCAACUUCGACUACGUCGCCCUGAACAUCACCGGCUUCCUCUCCUACUCCGCCUACAACAUCGCCCUGAAGUACGUGCCCAAGGUGGAGGCGGAGUUCUUCCACCGGCACCCGCGCAGUCAGAAUCCAAUUGAGCUGAAUGAUGUCGUCUUUGGCAUUCACGCCGCCUUCGCCACGCUGGUCGUCAUUGUCCAGUGCUUUAUCUAUGAGAGGGGCACCCAAACCGUCUCCUGGUUCAGCCGCAUCUUCCUCGCCGUCGUCUGGUCGGCCUACAUCGUCAUCGCCAUUGUGAUUCAGUUCAGCGACGUCAUCAGCCUCCUUACCUUCGUCUACGUCUUCAGCUACGUGAAGCUGGCCAUCACGCUGAUCAAGUACAUUCCCCAGGGGUACUUCAACUACCAGCGCAAGUCGACGGUGGGCUGGAGCAUCGGCAACAUCUUCCUCGACUUUACCGGGGGCCUCCUCAGUAUGUUCCAGAUGUUCCUGCUGGCCUACAAUUACAACGACUGGCCGACCAUCAUGAACAACUUCACCAAGUUUGGCCUUGGCCUGAUCAGCAUCCUCUUUGACGUCUUCUUCCUGGUGCAGCACUACGUCCUCUACCGCCACUCAGGCGCGGAUCACUCCAGCCAGUCGACGUUGAUCAGCGGCGGCGGGGAGUUCCCCCACGAACAUCGCACCAGCCUGAGCAAGGAGGAGGAGGAGAAGCUGGCCGUGGCCGGGGAACGAGCCUCAGUGCCCACUCUCGUACGUAAUCUCAGCAAGGGUCUGGAGCCGCAGCAGGCGUAG